AUGGCAUCUCCACAACCCCAUUCAACAGUGGCACGCUACAACACUCAUGUGGGUAGAAGCGACCAGCGACAUCAAGAACCAAGACUUGCUCGUUUUCAUGUGAGUAGAAGCGACCAACAACAUCGAGAACAGCAAAUUGUCAAGCCCACGGUCUUCAGAUUCGAAGUCACUUUUACCCUGCGAUACGUCUCAACUGAUUUACGUGUCAGAAAUGUAUCUACCUUAUUCCAAACCACUGAAUGCAUAAGCUGCAAACACUUCUUCGGAAGUACUAUUGAAGAUAUCCAUACUGCAAAAAGAAAAAUUCAAUGUUUCCUACGAAGGUUACUUAUACCACGCCCAUGGUCCUUGCAGUACUUUACAAGGGAGUGCCUUGAUGAAAUCUCACAGAGGAUCAUACCUCAGGUUCAACAACUUUUUGAUUCUGAUCCUGGAAUUAUAAAACCACCCGGUUCAAAAUACCAAGAGUUCCCUUUGUCUUUGGAAAUCGUCAUAGAUGUGCCGUCAGAUGAAGGGAAUCAAGAGAUGGAGCAUGCAGUGAUCGAAGACUCCCUCCAACAUUUUAGAAUGAUUCCAGCAUCCAAGAACGCCAUCAAUUCUCUAGAGAAAUUCAAGGUUAUGAAACAGAAUGAGUACUGUACUAUCUGCAUGGAAAAGUUCGAUGUAAGUGGUGAUAGUGAUGACGUGGCAGCCUCCGCAAUGCCCUGCGACCACGUGUUUCACCAACAAUGUAUUGUGCAAUGGCUGCAAACUAGUCAUGUGUGCCCUUUGUGUCGCUACCCUAUGCCCAUCGCCAACGAGUACUGGCCAAACUAG